AUUUAUGUGCUUGCAUGAGGUCGAGGGUUCGACCCCCUCAGUGUCCAUUUUCCUGCUCCUCAAUGAGGCAAUUGAAGUCAGUUCGCAUAGGGAGGCUUUGGGCCUCUCUUUUGUUGGCUUUUUGAGAAGGCGAGGUGAAUGCAGCAUGUCAGUGGUCAUGGAUAAGUGAUCGGUCAAUCGUGAUCGAGACUGAUCGAUGGAUUCGAGACGCCGAUGCUUAUGUAUUGGAUGCUCUUAAGUAGUAACUUACAGUACUGCUGACAACUCACAACCAUGGCGGAACAAGGGCUAAGACGGAAGAUUGCCAUCGAGUAUGUUCUGUUUGACAUGGACGGUCUUUUGAUCGACUCGGAAACAAUUUAUACCCACGUAACAAAUGAUAUCCUAGCCGAGUAUGGAAAGGAGAUGACAUGGGAUAUGAAAGCGGGUCUCAUGGGUAAACCUGAACGUGAUGCAGCGGCUCAUCUGCUCUCGUUCUUCCCUGAUAUACCUCCAGAAUUCACCAUCGACGAAUAUAUCAGGCGACGUCGUAUAGGCCAAGAUGCAUUCUGGCCAUUCGUCCAACCCCUCCCCGGUGCGCUAAGACUUGUCAAACACCUAUACCAGCACAAGAUUCCGAUUGCAGUUGCUACUUCAUCUCAACGCCGAAAUUACGAGCUCAAGAGCCAACAUCUCAUGGAGACGCUCUUUGGGCACUUUGGAGGCAGAGUUGUCUGUGCCGAUGAUGGACUGAUCAAAGCGGGCAGAGGAAAACCGCAUCCAGAUAUUUUUUUGGUGACGGCGAGGACUUGUCUUGAACGGGACGUCGGGGAGGGAGAGAUUGGAGAAUAUGUUGUCACAGAGACGCAACUCGCCGAGAGGGCAAGGGGCCUUAUUUUUGAGGAUGCGAUUCCUGGAGUUCAGGCUGGCAAGAACGCUGGAAUGCAGGUCGUAUGGGUUCCGGACCCAAACCUGCUGGAAGUCGGAGACAAUGAGAACACGAUACUUCAAAAGCCUGACCAAAUCCUGAAGUCUCUGGAAGACUUCAAUCCGGAAGAAUGGGGUCUGCCUCCAUAUGACGACGAGUCAUAAAGCAAGCAUAGGAUACAAGUAUAACUGUACAGAUACGAUAUCCGAGUAUCGUCCGUCGAUACGUCUACGGUAUAACCCACAAUCCAGAGAUAUCAACGAACUGCGUAAUACAGUCCCUCGACUGCGACAUUUGCUUGCCAGAUACCAAGUCGUCUGACGAUACGUAAAAUAGCUGGGAAAGGGAAUAUGAGAACGAAAGAAACAGGAACUAGGAUGAUGACCAUGAGCGAGAGAAGGAGAGUGAUUCCGGGCUUGAUGACGAGGAAGUAGAAUAAUGCUUGGUAUGAUGUAGGAUCAGUGAACUGCAGCAGGGAAUGAUUCAGCCGGAUUCAUAACUUUGAUUGAGAU